AUCGUCGCAUGACAUACAUGGCUGUAAUCAUACAACAGUAUGUUAUAUAGUCUGUUGAUAUUUGGCGCGUAUUUUAAAAAUAAAUAAAUAGGUGCGUUCAAUAAUCAUUUAAAGAAAUUUAAGUGUGAAAUAAUUGUUUGUGUUAUAUUUAUUGCCAUAGUCUGUCUACAAUUGAGAAACUACGAAGACGGUAUUUUUUUAUCCUGGCUUUAAGCAAUGUGGGUUCCGGUCUUACUAGCGUGCAGUAUAUGGGGAAAUGCUUUGUCGCAAGAUAAUAACGCGAAUGAUCUCCCGGUUGCGACGGCGCAGUGGGGGUGGCAGAUGAGUCAAACGGGACCCGGGACUAUCGGGCAUUACUUCGUUAGAUUACCAGAGUCAGAACAACAAGUGCGGUACGUAGCUGACGGUAGCGGCUACCACGGUACUGUCGCUGUCACCACCAGUGACCAGCAACACGUGCAUACCACCAACUUUGCUCUAGGAGAGCGAGCUAUUGAACUAAACUCUCAGGUGGCAAAUACAUACCAAAAUACAGCCACCAACGGAAGUCAAUUGAACAGAAGCAGUCUUCAACAAGUACAAUCACCCAUUGAUAUAUAUCUUCUUCAACAACAAUAUCCUAUGCAAGGACAAAUUGUACACAUAACUCCUCCACAAAACUUCUUACAGUUCACAUCUCUACCUAGAUUUUACUAUACCGAAGGUACUACACCUAAAAAAAAUUAUUACAAUGAAAACAAAGACAACAAUGUAAAUAACAACGCUAAUUCCCAAAAUUCAAAUGAACCUACAAUAAACCAAUCAAAAAGUGAAACCAAUGACGAAAUUAUAGAAACUAAUGAAAACGGACCAGUUGUGAGAAUCUUCAAAGAUCACAAUUGUCGAAACGAAGAUAGUCACGCAAAUAAUGAAGAACAUGUAAGUAAAUUACAAAAGACAACGGAAGCAACUGCAAACGUACCUAACUUUAAAGAACAUAACGUUCACGGAAAUUUCGGAGAACGAGACAAACCAACAUAUCAACGUGAGUCUAAUUACAAUGUCAAUUCCAACGAUAGAAGCCAAAGAUUCUAUUAUUCUACUGAAAUAAGCCAUCCCACAACGGUCGAACCUUUAUCUUAUACAGCACAUGAAGGUAUCUCGAGGUUAGUAGCAUCGACACAGGAUUUGAUAUCAAAUGAAGAUCUUUUAAGAAUAAAUCACGCAGCAGAAAGAAUAGUUAACAGCCAUACUGAUGAUAUUAUAAAACCUAAACGCCGCUCUAAUUCUAGAAAGUUAAACUACAACUACUACGGACCUGAAGAAGAUUCUAGAAAUAGAAUAACAGUGUCAGCUAAGUAUGGAAAUAUCGAAGAAAGCGAAUUGAACCAACCGCAGAUAGUUCAAAGACAAAACUUUCAAACGGCAACAAAUGAAUAUAAAUUCGCUUCGCCUAUCGUUGUCGGUGAUACAAAUUAUGGCAGUUAUAAUCAGCAAAUAGUGAACAAUUUGAUGUCAACAAUGGUACCGUACAUAGACAAUGGCUAUGAAAUUAUCGAUGUCAGAAAUAGUCUAAAUGAAAACUAUACUUAUUCCGAAGAGAAUAAAUCCGACGAAGAUUUAGUCAACAUCACACCACGACCAGUUAGUCAAAAAUAUUUAGCACCUAUCACCGUUGCUUUAAGAUUACUCAACUCGAAUGAUUCUAAUGUAUUUAACAAUGUUGAUGAUCAUGAAGCUUCUGACAGCGAAUUUAUUACAAAUACAGUUGAAAAUCCCCGACAUGACAAAACCAUUGUGGAAAUACAAGAGUCAAUACCUGUAGAAAUUACUCAUAUAAAUGAGGUUGAAUAUCAUGAAUAUUUAGAUGAAGGUAGAAGCAAUCAAGAAAACCCAUUGGGCCUAGUCAAAUCUCUAUAUCAAAAAUACUUAGAAUCUUUGGACUCAUCAAAUAAUAAUAAAAAUGCGUACCAAAAUACAAACAGCCCACAAAAUAAUUACAAUGAAAACAAUAAUGAAAAUUCCCAAGAAAUUUUAGAAUCUAGUGAGAAUAAACCGAAUGAUGUUCAAGAACAGGCAAAUUCGGAUAACCGAAAUUCAUAUACAAGUUAUUACAACACAGAUAAUAAAAUCAUUCAACCGAUAAUUAUUGAAAAGCAAGUACCGGUAACAACAUACGUAGAUCGUUUUAUCGAGAAAAAAGUACCAUAUCCAGAACCAGUUGAAGUUGUUAAGCAAGUGCCAGUAGAUCGGCCAGUACCGGUGCCAGUGCAUUAUGAGACAAUAGUGGAGAAACCGGUGGAAGUAACUAGAUAUGUAGAUAAACCUUUCCCCGUUGAAGUUCUCAAACCAUAUCCAGUUGAAGUCAGAGUGCCAUAUCCGGUGGAACACAAGGUUUAUAUUGACCGUCCAGUACAUGUUCCGUAUCCAGUUGAGAAAGUUGUCGAAAAACAGUUAAUACAACAUGUACCCGUGCCGACGCCGGUUGGAAUUCCAGUUGGAAUCCAUAUUCCCGUUGAAAAGAAAGUAUUAUAUCCUAUACCGGUCGAAACUCCAGUACCCGUGGCUGUCCCAAUUGAAAAGCAUGUCCCAUAUGAGAGAAUUGUAGAAAAAGAAGUCCCAGUGCCCUAUCCCGUAGAGAAAAAAGUUCCGUAUCCUGUCAGGCAUGAAGUAAAGGUUCCAGUUCCGUACCCAGUAGAGAAAAGGGUACCAUAUCCCGUUGAAAAAAUUGUUGAAAAACCUGUAACUGUUACGAAAGUUGUCGAAAAGCACAUAAAAGUGCCUUUUCCUCAUCCAGUCCGAGUGGAAGUACCAAGACCUUACCCCGUUGAAAGGAUAGUCGAGAAAAAGGUACCAUAUCCUGUCCACGUGGAUCGAAUAGUUGAAAAAAAAGUGCCAAUCCAAGUACCCUAUCCUGUAAAGACAGUUGUCGAGAAAAUUGUUGAAAAGCCAGUAGUUGUUACAAAGUAUAUCGAUAAACCGUAUCCUGUCGAAAAACACGUUCCAUAUCCAGUUGAAAAAAUCGUAGAACGAAAAGUUCCCUACCCUGUUCACAUACCAGUGGAGGUCAAAGUCCCUUAUGCAGUCGAAAGAAACACACAAAAACCCGAACCAUACCAAUUCGAAAAAGUUGAACCGACAACGCUUUAUAGCUACGGCAUUACUCAAGAAGCCCUUUCAAAUGUAGCGAAUUAUUUAAGAUAUCAACAGGAACAAUAUAAACAACCCAUUCCAAAUUACUUAAAAAGUAACGCUGAUAGUUACGGCUCACAACAAGCUGAAUCACAACGAAAUUACCAAAUACAACUCGCCAACGCGCAGCUUUUGAAAAAUCUACAAAACGCAACGCCCGUCCACUCGACGCGCUGGGGAAAUCACUACGCUUCUUCGUAUAACUAUUUGAAUUCUACCAUCGAUUCUAAAAAACCAUCAAAUACUAACAGUCAAGAAAAUUACAAAUAUUACGGUCCGCCGCCGUUGAAAAAUUACAAUAAUGAAUGGGAAAAUAAUAAAGAUUACUCAGAGAGGAUCAGAAGGACUGACAGAACACCCAAAAUGACGAACUUGAGGAUAGAAUACGGAGGGUUCAAGCCUCCGUUAAUUCCAAGCACAGAGGUCGAUUUAGAUGGUGUACCCAUUAAUAACAAAGAAUAAUCUUUCAUCAAAGCGAUGAAAAUGCUCUCUACUG